AUGGGCGAUAUACCUCAGUGGGGCUACCAGGCAUGGCAAGGUGGCAUUGGUGAACUCGGGGUGGAGUGGAACUACUGUAACCAGGAGUGGGCAAUCUGUUCGCCGCAACCACAAGCCUGCGCCUUCACAGGAAUCUGCAACAACUGUGCAGGAUAUCUUGCAAAGCCCUUCAAGUCGGCUUCCUGCUGCCAAUCUGCCACUCCACAGCCGUGCUUCGAAAGCGUCCUAGCAGGCGCCAACAACAACGCGAACCUCGCCACGCCAAGCUCAGCCCCUGUAACCAUCACAGACCCAAACCUAUCAGUUUGCGCCACAGCACUGUCCGGUCUCUCCGCCUGCGAAGCAGCGACCUCUUCCUUCACAGACCUAGACGCUUCGGUGCAAGCAAGCUGUCUCUGCUAUAACUCCGGUGGUAGCUUCGCUGCUUCGGUCUUCGAUGGGCCAUGGAGUUCCUGUGUAGCGUGGGCACAGACGGCAGACACGACCGACUAUCCGGCCCUAUCGAGUGCGAUGGGCUUCUGCUCGAGCUUCGCAGGCCAAAAUCAAGCACAGCAGAGUCCGGGCGCGACCGGCGGAAGUGGUGGCAGCGCGGGUACAGGCGGUGUCAGUCAGGCGAGCAAGACCUCAGCAUCGCCAGGAUCCACUCAGCAGACUUCUGCUCCCCAGACCUCAGCAGCUGGGUCUACAGCUUCGGCGUCACAGAAGGUAGCCACUAGCGGUGGGCGCAAGUUGAAGAGGUCCGGUUUCCAAGUUCUUGUCCUGGUAUCUGUGGCUAUGCUGUUCCGUGCUUAG